AUGGAGUUUGUGUCUGGAUACCGGGAUGAGUUCCUUGAUUUCGUUACCCUCCUCCUUGGCUGGUUCCGCAAGUUCGUGGCGGAGCGUGGGGCCGUGGGGACCAGCCCGGAGGGUUGCUGGUGGCAGCUGGAGGGUCAGAUCAGAAGGCUGCCCCAGGACCGCGCCCUUUGGGUGCUCCACGUCUUGCCCAACCGUAGUGUGGGCAUCAGCCUGGGGCAAGGGGCAGAGCCAGGCCCUGCACCAGGCCUGGGGGCUGCCCGGCUCCUGGGAGACGAGCCCCCACUCCACCUGCGGGACCUAAGCCCCUAUGUCAGCUUCGUCAGCCUGGAGGAAGGCGGGGAGGAGGGCGCAGGCACCGAGAAAGUAGAAACAGAGGCAGAUGGGGAGCCAGCCCCUACCAGCAGGGAGUCCCCACGGGAAGCAAACCCCCCAAGGGAGGCAGACGAGGCCCAGCAGGAGGCAGGAGGUGGCGAGGUCGGCUGCCAAGAGGACAGGGCGGAGGACGAACCAGGGCCUGAGAGGAGAAAGGGACAGAGAAGUGAGGCGGCCCCCCUGCACCUUUCCUGCCUCCUACUGGUGACGGAUGAACAUGGCACCAUCUUGGGCAUUGACCUGCUGAUGGAUGGAGGGCAGGGGAGUGCAGGCAGGGGCUCAUGGACACAGAACCUGGCUCCUCGGGCCUAUGCUCUCCUCUGCCACAGCAUGGCCUGCCCCAUGGGCUCUGGAGACCCCCGAAAGCCCCGAAAGCUUGCUGUGGGAGACGCCCAGCUGCAUCGGGAGCUGGAGAAUCUGGUCCCAAGGCUGAAAGUGAAGCUAGCCAAGACCCCGAUGCGGACAUGGGGUCCCCGGCCUGGCUUCACCUUUGCCUCCCUUCGGGCUCGAACCUGCCAUGUUUGUCACAGGCAUAGCUUUGAAGUGAAGCUAACGCCCUGCCCCCAGUGUGGCGCUGUCUUGUACUGCGGAGAGGCUUGUCUCCAGGCUGACUGGAAGCGAUGCCCAGAUGACGCGAGCCACCGAUUUUGGUGCCCAAGGCUUGCAGCCUUCAUGCAGCGGGCCGGAGAACUGGCAACUCUGCCUUUUACCUACACCGCAGAGGUGACCAGUGAAACCUUUAACAAGGAGGCCUUCCUGGCCUCACGAGGCCUCACUCGUGGCUACUGGACCCAGCUCAGCAUGCUGAUUCCAGGCCCUGGCACCCCCGGGCACCCACGGGGCAGCACGCCAUCCCUCAGCGUUCUUCUCAAUGGAGAUCCCUACCAGCUUCUUCAGGGGGAUGGGCCUGCUCUGAUGCCUCCUGUGCCCCCAGAUCCACCCAGGGGCCUCUUUGGCUCGUGGCAGGAUUACUACACGUGGCGGGGCCUCAGCUUGGACUCCCCCAUGGCUGUGCUUCUCACCUACCCGCUGACUGUGUACCACGUCAUCACCCAUCUGGUGCCCCAGUCCUUCCCUGAGCUCAACAUCCUGAACAAACAGUCACUGAAAAUCCAUGUGGUGGAGGCUGGGAAGGAGUUUGACCUCAUCAUGGUGUUUUGGGAGCUCUUGGUCUUGCUCCCCCACGUGGCCCUGGAGCUGCAGUUUGUGGGUGACAGCCUGCCCCCUGAGAGUGACCAGCAGAAUUUUACCCUGCAGAGGGAUGACCUCGAAGUAUCUGUCCGUCCUGGUUCCGGGGUAUCAGCACGGCUAAGCUCUGGGACUAAGGAGAAGGGGGGCCGCAGGGACCUGCAGAUCAAGGUGUCUGCACGGCCCUACCACCUGCUCCAGGGGCCCAAGCCUGACUUGGUUAUCGGAGGCCCUGGGAGCCAGCUUCUCCCUGCUCUCCUUUCCUCCGCAGGAUUUAACUCUGGCUUUGGUCUAAAGGACACUUGGCUGAGCUCGCUGCCCCGGUUACAGUCCCUCCGAGUGCCGGCCUUCUUCACCGAGAGCAGCGAGUACGGCUGUGUGAUGGACGACCAGACCAUGGCGGUGGCCACGGGAGGGGGCACCAGCCCUCCACAGCCCAACCCUUUUCGCUCCCCCUUUCGCCUCAGAGCGGCGGACAACUGUAUGCCCUGGUACUGCAACGCCUUCAUCUUCCACCUGGUCUACAAGCCUCCGCCAGGGAGCUGGGCCCGCCCGGCGCCAGGGCCCGCGCCUCGCGCCGCACCUCCUACCGCUCCUUCCGCCCCCGCCCGUAGGCGCCGAGGAGAAAAGAAACCUGGGCGGGGGGCCCGCCGGCGGAGGUGA